CGUUAAAAACCCACCUCCCAACCCAUGUUCACCGGCUGCUUCCUGUUCCCGGUUCAUCCUGUGCGAGUGAAUGCGGGCGGCGUGAAGGCAGAAGGGGGAGAGAGGUAAAGGAGCGGAGGGUGGCGGAGCCGGGUUAAAAAUGUGGGGAGACCGAAUACCGCAGCAGGUCGUGGUGCUGGCAUCCGCCCUCUGCCUCUUGUUUUCAGCCCAGACCCAGGGUCAAGGUGCGAUUCCGCCACCAGUGAAUCUCUCAAUAGAGUCUCGUGACUUCCACACGGUCCUGAAAUGGGAUGUAGCUGAUGGAAAUAGAACAACUAAGUUUAAUGUCGACUAUCGUGACUAUGAAAAUGACGUUUGGAAGCCGGUUUGUUUAAAUAUUUCAACACAUUAUUGUGAUCUCAGUAAUGUUUUUGUAGCUGCUCAAGAAGCAACAAGUGGUUAUUAUACCAAAGUUCAAGCAAUCACAGCAUCACAGGAGUCACAGAUUGCUCUGACUAAUCGGUUCACUUUUGGUCAAAAUGCCACCUUAAGCCCUCCCACUAUAUUGCUUGCAGCUAAUGGCAAUAAGUUAACAGUGGAAGUCAAGUAUCCAGCUCUAAAUUCCAUAUCAAGCAAUGUGCCUUUCGACCUUUUAUCAUAUAAUGUAUGCUACUCGUACCCCAGUAGACAGGAAUGUAUGAAAAACCAAAGCUCAAAGCGGUAUUUUCAAGUCCCCAAAGGAGUUGUUUGCAUAUUUGCUGAAGUACAUGCAUUUGGUCUAAAGGGAAAUAAAUCCGAAGAAGCCUGCUUGGAAAUUCACUUGAAUAACCUGUCAGAUUCGACCAACUUGACUUGGCCAUCCCCCUUAAGGUAUGAGGACAAUAUCACUUCUGACACUUAUGACCACGGAUACUAUGAUGAUGAUGAGUAUGAUGAUGAUGAUGAGUAUGAUGAUGAGUAUGAGGAGGAUGAUGAUGAUGAUGAUGAUGAUGAUGAUGAUGAAGACAAUGAAGCACUGGGGGAUAAGGAGGAGCAUCCCCAGAUCACAAUGAUCUCAGCUGAUGAUCCAAAGGAUACCUCAGUUCCUGCAGUUGUGAUUCCAACGGUAUCGAUCUUUGUCAUUGUGGUCAUUUCAAUAUGUGUUCUAAUAUACUUUCUCAAAUGUAAAAAGAAGCUGGCAUUACCCAAGUCUUUGGCACACAUCAUUGUGAAUGAAAAAAUAUACCAUGUGAUAAAUCCAAAAACUGAGGAGAGCAGCGAAUGUGUGCUCAUAAAACCGGAGGAAAUGACGAAAGAUACUGAAAUCGAUUUGAAUCGCGAGCUACAAGAGGAAGUUACAUAUUCUUCGGACAAUGUGGGCUGUCAUACAAUUAAUGCUGAUGAAAGCAACAGCAACCUUGUAAAUGCUGACUCGACCGAUCUAUAUGCAGCUAAAAUGAAUAUCAAUGGCAUCGAUCUAAAGUGUGUCAGCCAAGACGAUAUCGAAGGAGGUAUCAGUGAUCAGGACAGCAGUCGCGAUUCAUGCCCGACACAUCUUGACAGCAUGAAACAAAAUUUUACUCCAGCCAAUUGGGGUUAUGAUAAACCUCAGAUUCUACUCGAUAUGGUUUAAAUAACUAUGCAUUUUACGAACUAAUACAAAAAGAAAACAUCUUUCUCUGCCAUGGUGGGAUGCAUCUUGCUGAGCACAUGAGACAUUAAUUUUGUUUUCAUAACAGAUGCUGUCAUUGAACGCUCAGUCCUGCUAAGUUCCAGGUAUUUUAAGGACUGAUCAUCUUAAGAUGCUGCUUGGAAAUAUUGCUGUAGGUUCUGACCACACAGACAGUGGAUAAUAGUAGAUUAUACUUGCACAUUCGCACAGUCUGAAUGCUCUGUUGAAUAACUAAUUAUUAAGUUAUUUGCCUUUGUAAUGGGAAGGCAUUGAACCACAAUAGUACACAUGGUGCAGUAGAAAAUAAAUUUGCCUUCUAAUUAAAA